AUGAUAGCAAGAUUUGUCAUCAAGAGAUUCAAUUCGACUCAAGCUGCUUCUAGCUUGAAGAAAACUGCCCUUUACGAUCUGCACGUUCAGUUGGGUGGUACAAUGGUUCCAUUUGCCGGUUAUGCUAUGCCUGUCCUGUAUAAUGGUCAAACGCAUAUUGAGUCGCACAAUUGGACGCGGAAUAAUGCUGGGCUGUUUGAUGUCUCUCACAUGCUGCAGAGCAGACUUACUGGUGCAGGCGCCACUGAUUUUCUACACAAGGUAACUCCUACGGAUUUCAGGUCCCUUCCAAGUGGUGAUGGCACAUUAUCGGUUCUAUUGAAUGAGAAAGGUGGUAUUGUUGAUGACACAUUGGUGACAAAGCAAGCUGAGAAUGAUUUUUAUAUAGUCACGAAUGCGGGUUGCGUUGAUAGGGAUCUGCAGUUUUUGCAAGAUGAACUUAAAUCCUCUAAAUAUGAUUGUUCUUGGGAUGUUAUUCAAGGUAGAUCACUACUGGCUUUGCAAGGUCCACAGGCCCAUGGCGUUUUGGAAGCAUUGUUGAACAAAGGUGAAACAGUUGGGGACUUGUAUUUUGGUUUGAGACGCACAAAGACAUUAUUCAACGGCGUUGAAAUCGAUGUUGCUAGAUCCGGUUAUACCGGAGAGGACGGAUUUGAGAUUAGUAUACCUAACGAAAACGCUACUGAGUUUGCUCAACUGUUAUUAGAUAACCAAGUGACAAAACCCAUCGGUUUAGCAGCAAGAGAUAGUUUAAGAUUGGAAGCUGGCAUGUGCCUCUAUGGCCAUGAGCUAGAUGAAACAAUCACACCGAUAGAGGCCGCAUUGAACUGGGUCGUCUCCGCGGGCAGAAGAAAUGUUGAGGCUGGCGCACUAAAAUUCAAUGGAUACGAUAAGAUAAUGCAUCAGUUGAAUAACAAAUCUCACGAAAAGGUGCGCAUAGCUUACGUUUAUACAAAAAAGGGUCCAGCAGCUAGAACUGGAUCCAAGAUUUAUCUGCCCGAUGCUAAAACCGAAGUUGGUAUAGUUACUUCCGGUAGUGCGUCACCAAGCUUGAAUAACACGAAUAUUGGUCAAGGCUACGUCAAAAAGGGUCUUCAUAAGAAGGGAACAGAAUUACUAGUACAGGUAAGAAACAAGUUUUUCCCAAUUCGUUUGGCCAAGAUGCCGCUUGUACCAACAAAUUACUAUAAACACUGA